UGAAAACCACUGUCAUCUCCUCUCUUCUUCUCUGGAAAUCUCUCUUUUAUUAUUACAACAUAUAUCAUCAAAGGUCUCACCUUUGUUAGAAUUUUUACGUUCCUUCUCUCUAUUUGAACACAGAGACUGUAAUAAUCCCAGUUUUGUAUUGAAAAAACCCAAAUCUUUUCAAUCGUUUACAUAGCAAAGUAGCAAACCAUGAAACUAUAAUCUUCAUCAUCGUCGUCGAAUCUGCCUGUAGGAUAAGGUUAGAGAAGACAAGCAAAGCGUAUAAAUAUAUAUACAUGGCGUUUCAUCAUAAUAAUCUUUCUGAUCAUCAAGAGCUUCCUCUCCGUCACUUUUCCGACCAACAUCAGCAACAGCAGGCGAGUCAACUGCCUGAAACUAAUGGCCCCAACUGGUUAAACUCCGCCCUUCUGCGUUCCCAGCAGACUGAAACGCCGCAGGCGCACUCUCAGUUUUCAUCCGAGCCGAGCUUUCUUAAUCUUCAUACUACUACAGCUGCCGCUUCUGACUCCACCACGGCUUCACAAGCUCCUAACCAGUGGCUCUCCCGUACAUCUUCUUCGCUUCUUCAUCGAAACCAUAGCGACGUCAUAGACGACGUUGGUGCCUCCGCGGAAGCGGCGAGGGGAGGCGUGGGGGAAUCCAUGAUCGCCAUGGAAUCGGGUGAUUUCAAGAACGGCGGCAACGAUAUCAUGAGCAGAGACAAGGGCGAAGGUACUGUUGUGGUGGAGAGCGGAUGGGGCGGUGGAGAUGGGGUCGUGAAUUGGCAGAAUGCAAGGUACAAGGCGGAGAUACUAGCCCACCCUUUGUGCGAGCAGCUCUUGUCUGCGCACGUGGCGUGCCUUAGGGUCGCCACUCCCGUGGAUCAGCUUCCGAGGAUCGACGCUCAGCUUGCUCAGUCGCAGCACGUAGUGGCUAAGUAUUCAACCCUCGGCGGUGGAGCCCACGGCCUGGUCGCCGAUGACAAAGAGCUCGAUCAGUUCCUGACACAUUAUGUUCUGUUGUUGUGUUCAUUCAAAGAACAAUUGCAGCAACAUGUUCGAGUUCAUGCAAUGGAAGCUGUUAUGGCUUGCUGGGAAAUUGAACAAUCCUUACAAAGCUUAACAGGUGUUUCUCCGGGCGAAGGCACAGGCGCGACGAUGUCUGAUGACGACGACGACCAAGUCGACAGUGAUGCCAACUUGUUUGAUGGAAGCAUGGAUGGUUCAGAUUCAAUGGGGUUCGGUCCUCUGAUCUUAACAGACAGUGAAAAGUCUUUGAUGGAACGAGUGAGACAUGAACUCAAACAUGAACUGAAGCAGGGAUACAAGGAGAAGAUUGUUGACAUAAGAGAGGAGAUUUUGCGGAAAAGAAGGGCCGGAAAACUGCCCGGCGACACGACGUCGGUUUUGAAAGCUUGGUGGCAAUCACAUUCCAAAUGGCCAUACCCUACUGAGGAAGAUAAGGCGAGAUUGGUUCAGGAAACUGGUCUGCAAUUGAAGCAGAUAAACAAUUGGUUCAUCAACCAGAGGAAGAGGAACUGGAACAGCAAUCCGUCCACUUCCAGCGUCUCGAAGAGCAAACGUAAAAAAAGUAAUGCAGGUGAAAACAAUGGCGACAGGUUCAUGUAAAUGGAGGGUUAAAGGGCCAAGCACAGAGGAGGAAGGGAGUUGUUUCUUGUUGGCCAAGCAAUGCAAAUGCUAUAUGUUGUCGAGAAUUUAAGAGGAGUUGUAUUUACAGUAACUUCAUUGGAUGAAUCCAUUUUACGGAUUAUGAUUUUUGUUAUAAUUGUGUGGCAAAAAGAGUGAACAAGGCAUGCUUGUAAGAACAAGCAAUGGAAA